UAGUCGCCCAGCACCGGCGCCCAAGAGGCGAAGGGCCCCCAGGUUUCUGCGCGCGAGUCAGUUGGCCGACACGAGCCGCGCGCGCUGGGGCUCCUGGUGUUCGUUCGCGCGCUCGCUCUCUCACUCUCCGGAGGACGAAAACGCGCGCAUCACGUGAAACGUACGCACAGAUAGCCGGCCGGGGCUGCUCCUCCGUUGCGACUUCUUCCGGAGCCUCGAUUUGCACCCGCCAACAGUUUGCACACCACCUCCCCGUCGGGCGACGGAAGGGAAUUCCGGUGUGCCGAUUGGCGGCCGAGGGGAUCUCUCGCCUUUGUGAUUCCUAUGGGAUAUACUUUUCUCCCUUUUAUUCCGGGUGGGAAGAAGUAAUCUCAGGUGGACGUCUCUCUCUCCCUCGCGUCGACACGCGACCACCGAUGGUCGAGCCGCUCGGGAGCUGAGAAUGACGUUACGACGCGCGGUGUAACGAACUUGCGACGAUGAUAGCGCCCAGUGUCAGUGCAGUGGGGUUAAAGUGCCAGCCGGUUUAUGGAUAACCACGCACCGUCGCUGAUCGGCCCCACGAGUGCGAGCUGGUAUCGAGUCGACGAGCAGCCUGCAGUGCUGCGCCGAGCGACGCUGCGCUCCGAUAUUUAAAACGCGACCCCGAUCGCCGCUUCGCGGCGCGUACGAGAGAUGAACGAAUGACCGGCACGGUGAUCCAUACGCGAUGAGGCCGAAAUCGUGCUCGCUGUUUCUGCUGUUCUGCGUCCUCCUGCCCGGACUGGUCCGUCCCUUCACGUCCGGCGAGGAAGGCGAAGACGCAGCGGAGGAAGAGGACUCGUACCUGGAGGAGGACGACGUGCCUUCGGCUACGAUAGCCAGCGACACUGAGCUGAUUUCCGAGGGCGGCGGUCACCUGCCGGUCUUCCUCACGGAACCCGUCAACUCAUACGUCGUGAAGAACAAGCCAGCCACUCUGCGCUGCAAGGCCGCCCACGCGCUGCAGAUCUUCUUCCGCUGCAACAACGUGAGGGCGGAGGACUCGCAACAGCAGGACUUCGUGGAUCCGCACACGGGCACGCGGAUCGUUGACUGCGAGCUCAACGUCACGAGGGAUCACAUCGAGGAGUACUUCGGCAAGGAUAAGUUCAAGUGCGAGUGCGUCGCCUGGUCCGGAUCGGGGCAGAUCAAGAGCCAGCCGGCGACCAUCGACGUUGCUUAUCUAAAGAAGCAAUUCGAAUCGCCACCGUACUCCGUGUCUGUCGAAGCCGGGCAAAGUACCGAGCUGAGAUGUCUACCUCCGGUGGGAGUGCCACCGCCGCGAGUUUAUUGGCUGAGAAAUAACAUCCCGGUGGACACCGAGUCGGACACACUUCUGGUGUCCAGCGAGGGUCACCUUCUAGUUGGUCAAGCCAAACUUAGCCAUCAGGCCAACUACACGUGCGUCGCCGAAAAUAUCGCGGCGAAACGACUGAGCGAGCCGGUCGGCUUAACAGUUUACGUGAACGGCGGCUGGUCGUCGUGGUCCUCCUGGUCGGAGUGCCAUCCACGAUGCUCGAAAGCUGGCCAGAAGAGAACGAGGACGUGCACGAAUCCGGCGCCCAUGAACGGUGGCCAGAACUGCCUCGGCCCGGCGCAGCAAAAGAUGGACUGCAACAUAGGCUGCCCCGCCGGCGCUCUGGAGGAAUUCACUAACACCCUGGUCGUGGACGGCGGAUGGUCCAGAUGGUCGACCUGGUCGGUGUGUGGGAGCGACUGCACGCACACGAGGAGGAGAUCGUGCGACGAGCCGCCGCCCAGCCACGGCGGCCGACCUUGCCAGGGCAGGGACAUCAACGUGGCGAAUUGCACCGGCGGCAUGUGCACCGUCGGCAACGCGAAGGUGGGCGGCGCUCAUUUAACCGACGAAGAGAAUCGCCAGAUGGACGUAGCCCUGUACGUCGGUCUGACGGUCGCCUGUGUGGUAAUCGUCAGCCUGGCGUUCUUUCUGGUCAAACUGCUGCGACGCAAAGGCCGCGAUCACUCCCUGUACUCCAUGGCUCGUAACGAAUUCCAGCCGGAGUUCUUCCCGGACCAGGACAAGAAGCUGAGCCUGCAGCCGGACGUAACGGCGACGAGUGUGCCGGCCUGCUACGAGUAUCCUUUCGACCCGAAGCUGUCGAUGUCGAGAUCCCUCUCGGAGCACCAUUACGACGUGCCGCACUUGUCGAUCGCGCCCCAGCCGUCCCCGAUGUCGCCCACGCCCAGCACCUCGACCCAGGAGUCCUGCAGCGACAAGCAGAUCCACUCCGACAGCGAGAACAGCGUCACUAGCUCCUACCCGUCCUCGGACUCGACGUACAACGUCGCCUCGGAGAGCGUGCGUCUGCCGAAGCUCGAGGCCGGGAACGUCGCGAGGGCGGCGGUGAACACGCGCGGCGCCCUGCUCGUCCUGCCGGACUCCGGGAUCUCGAUGUCGGUGCCCGAGGGAGCGGUGCCCAAGCCGCUCAGGGAGGAGCUCUAUCUGGCGGUGCUCAACGAGGAUCGUUACAGGCCCCGAUUACCUGACGGGAUAACCCAGUUAUCGGCCGUGGUGACCUGCGGUCCGUCGUCCGCGACCUUCAACAAGCCUGUGAUCCUGCAGUUCGAGCACUGCGCGAUGUUGCACUCAGCGACUUGGGAACUGAGCGUGUGGGCGUGCGACGGUGUGAACGUCGACGACAGUUCGCCGUCGCUCGCGCCGAAGGACCACCAGUCGAUCACGUGGACCCGAGUGCUCACCCUCGGCAACGAGACCAUCAACACGCCGCUGUUCACACAGCUGGACCACGCGGAGGCGUUCAUCGUGACCGAGCAGCUCCGCGGCUACGUGCUGGCUGGAGAGAGUAGCGAGAACGCGAUCGCCACGAAGCGGCUGCGACUGGCGCUCUUCGCCAGCCAAGCCGGCCAGUGCUGCGUCCGGGUGUACGCGGUGGAGGACACGAAGGCGGCCAUGAAGGCGAUCGUCGAUCGCGAGUCGCAGAUACGGGGCUAUCUGCUGGACAAGCCGCGCACGCUGCUGUUCCAAGACAACGGCGAGCCGCUCUGCGUCAGCCUCGAGGAGGUCGGCAACGAGUGGCAGAGCAAGUCGCCCACGGAACGGCAGGAAGUCUCGUUCCGGGACGCCUGGAACUGCCAGGAGAACGCCAAGCACGUGACCUUCGGCCUGGACACGGCCUUUGGCCCGACCACCACGAGGAGCUACAAGCUGCAGGUCUCGCAGGGCAGCUCCGACACGAGACAGGUCUUCAGAAUCGUUUACGACGGCGCGAAGCAGCUCAUCUCCUCGGGUAGCGUCACGAGGCCGCUCAGGGAAGUCACCGUGGUGAGCAGCGGCCAUGCCAACAACGCCACCACCGACGCCACCACUCUGCGACCGUUCCGGUUCACGAGAUCCUUGAGGAAGCAGCUCUGCCAGUGCCUGGACCCGCCGAACGCUCUCGGCAAUGAUUGGAGAAUGUUGGCGCAGAGGCUGCAGGUCGACAGGUACAUCAAUUACUUCGCGACCAAGGCCAGCCCGACCGAGCACAUCUUGGACUUGUGGGAAGCGAGACACCGGGAGCCGACGGCGGUGACGGAUCUGCUGAACCACCUCAGAGUUAUGGGCAGGACUGAUGCGGCCACGAUCCUGGAGGCGCAGCUCGGCCCGUGGCUCUGAACAAACCGGUAAACCGGAUCUCGAAAACGUUUUCAACGGUGAGUGAAAGUCGCGAGCGCCCGGCCGAUCGGCGGCGGGUGAAUCCAGUGGAUGAUCGAACGGUGAACUCGAGAUCGAACAGUGAGUGACCGG